AUGGGCAUCGGAGGAGAGAGAACGGAGCCGGAGAAAACUCACGAAGUUCCAGCCAUUUUCUUCGUUUUUCCGGCGCCUAGAGCGGCUAUUGAUGACAGGGAAGGACCGGGAAGUGACGGCGGGGCUAGGCCGGUCCUUUUGGCACCGGUCCCGUGCCCUACUAUGGCCGGUGGUAGUGGAAUCGGAGAGAGAGAGAGAGAGAGAGAGAGAGAGAGAGAGGUUUUAAAAUAUGACCUGGCAAAUUACCAUUUUGCCCCUCAAUGUAUUUUGAUCGUAUCUCUCUCAUUACAACUCGAAUUUGAGCCAACUACGUUUCUACGAACUCAUCUCAAUGUGCUCUACACAACAGUACAACUAAAAUCCCCAAAUUCCUUCCCGAAAAAAAACGUCAACUUUUAA